AUGUCGUCAAAUUUAACGGAUACAGUCGCUAUUCUUCAAUUACAACUGAUUUCUCAAAGAUUAAAUCUUACAAUAGGCUUUAUUUUACUCAUUAGUGGUAUUGUAGGUAACCUUCUUAAUGUAUUUGUUUUUUUAAAUUCUGGCAAUUAUAAAAAUAAUGCUUGUUCACUGUACGUAAUAGUAAGAUCUUUUUUCGAUUUAAUUGUUGUUGGUUUUGGUUUGGGUACUCGAAUUCUUAGUUACAAUUUUCAAAUUGAUCUUACAAACAUAAGUCGUGUUUGGUGUAAAUUACGUGUUGCUUUAAUCUACGCAACCUGUCUUGUAUCCUUAACAUGUAUUUGUCUUCAAUCGAUCGAUGCAUACUUAUCGUCUUCACGACAUAUUACCUAUCGUCGAAUGAGUAAUGUUCGUAUAGCUCGAUAUUUAAUUACUGGUAGUAUAUGUAUAUGGAUUUUACAUGAAGUACCUUAUGUCUACUUUCAAGAUUUGGUUGAUGUUGCAGGUAUACUCGUUUGUCUCUCAACAAAUGCAAAUUAUGCAUGGUAUCAUAAUUAUUUUGUAAUCAUUGGUCUUUGGACUAUUAUACCUAUUACAAUUAUUAUUGUAUUUGGCUUUCUCUCAUAUAUACAUUUACGUGAACGACAUGCACUUCUUGAUCUUACAAGACAAAUGAUAAAUAUGACAUUGUUUCAAUCGGCAAGUGUCUUUAUAUUUCAAGUUCCAUCUGAAAUAGCCGUAGCCUAUUUUUUGGCUACAGCAAAUGUUAACGUAAACGCUUAUUAUCGUGCACGAAACCAACUAAUUCAGCUCUUUUUGAGUAAUUAUGGUUAUGGAACAUAUGUGAGUUUACUAUUGCAUCAAAAACGUCAUUUAAAUGAAAAUGCUUGGAAAAUAAAAAGUACACAAAUUUUUCAAGAUUUAUUGUAUCGUAAUAUAUUUAUUUGA